UGCCACGACACACGAUACGCAGCCUAAAAUUCUUGAAGAGGUGUCAAAGAGAAGAAAAAUUUAGUUUUGGCUUUUUUUUGCGUGGAAAUUGUGUGAAAUUCCUGGAUUAUUUUCCGUGAAAAUUACCUUGUAGGGAAUUCUCUUACCUGUGAUUGUUCAAAUACUUCACAUUAGCUAUGCCACGAGGAAAAUUUGUGAAUCACAAAGGGCGCAGUCGCCACUUUACGAAUCCGGAAGAAUUGGAGGAAGAGCGCAGGAAGGAGCAGAAGAAGAAAUUGCAGAAAGAAUCUGAUAGUGAGAGCGAAAGUCCCGAUGAGGAGGAAGAGGAAUCCGAGGGUGGUGAUGAGGAAGACGAGGAGGAGAGUGAGGAAGAGGAGAAGCCCAAAGGAGUUUCCGGGUUGAUUGAUAUCGAAAAUCCCAAUCGUGUGACGAAGAAGACAAUCCAGAAGGUGGGACGAAUGAGUCUCGAGGAGGGUGAGGCCUCCAAGCCAGAGCUGACACGUCGUGAGCAGGAGCAGAUUCAGAAGCAGAAGGCACGUAGGCAGUACAUGAAGCUCCAUGCUGAGGGGAAAACAAAGCAGGCACGUGAAGAUUUGGCACGUUUGGCCAUUAUAAAGCAGCACAGGGCUGAAGCAGCUGCCCGGAGGGAGCAGGAGAAGAAAGAGAAAGAAGAAGCCCGGAAGAAGGCUUCGAAUGCUUGAUAGCCAACAGGAAAGCCUCCCGUCGCAUGGGAUGCAUCCGGAAUCCACCCAAUUGGACAUUUCUCUCAACAAGACUAACUGAAUUUCCUCCUCAACCACCCCCCCUAGGCACACACUCACUGAAUUUUGUUUAUUAAAUUUAAGGAAAUGUGUUUCUAUAUGGAAUAAAAAAAAAUUGAAUUCACAGCGCUGAAUUUAGAAGAAAAA